AUGCGGAUACACGUAGACCCUCCCCCUUGUGGGGAGUUUUUCCAUCUUAAGCUCCCUCCUAGUGGGUGUAUAUUUAGUUAUAGGGAAGGAGAAUUACCUAUUGAAUUUAUACAAGAAGGAUGGAGACAAUUAAAGAAUUUUCUUGAUGAUGUUUUCUCUCUUCGUCCUCUACGCAUGAGGACACAUAAAGCAAGGCAUCAUAUAUUGCAAGUGUUUGUUUAUUUAGAUGGUUGUGUAUUAGAUGAUUCAUCUGUUGCUGCUAGGCCGCAGCAGCAGCAACAGCAGCAGCAGCAGCAGCAGCAGCAGGUUGUUCGUCAUGGAGAGGAUACAUUAGCCCAUAAGCAUCAGCAGCAGCAGCAUCAGCAUCAGCAGCAGCAGCAGCAGCAGCAGCAAGCAAAGGGUUUACAGGGUUUAUGUGACCGUUUAUUAUCUGCUGCAUUUAAUGGACAAGAAGAGACACUUUUUUAUCUUGUUAAUUCUUUUAUAAGUGUUGUACAAAAAGAGAGACAAGAAGAACAGGAACCAAACCCUAAUUUAUCUAAACUUUGUCUCCUUUAUAUACAUAUUGGGCGUUAUUUUGAUUUAUUGGAGCCUCCUUUCUUAUCAUCAACAGAAAUAUUUUAUAGAGAAAUAAGCAAGAAAAAAUUAAGUGAUGAGGGUCCAGUUCUUGGAGUAGCAGAGAGUUCAGGUGUAUAUGGAGGACUUAAGGAGGCAUGGGGAACAUUUUUAUUGGCAGAUUUCUCUAUUGUUAAUACUGUUGCUCGUCUUCUUUCUCUGCAUGUUGAUAAAAUAAUAAGAAAAAGCUAUAAAGCAUCAAAAGGGGCAGCCACGGAGGCCCCCACGGGGUCUCCCACGGAGGCCCCCACGGGGUCUCCCACGGAGGCCCCCACGGGGUCUCCCACGGAGGCCCCCACGGGGUCUCCCACGGGGGCCCCCACGGGGUCUCCCACGGAGGCCCCCACUGGGUCUCCCACGGAGACCCCCACUGGGUCUCCCACGGGGGCCCCAACAGGGUCUCCCACGGAGGCCCCCACGGGGUCUUCCACGGAGGCCCCCACGGAGUCUCCCACGGGGGCCCCCGUGGUGUCCCCCAAUGAGGCAGCAGAGGAGCUACAAAGGGUUGUUGGUUUAUUUGCUCUUAUAGGAGGAAAGGAUGUAUUCGAGGAUGAUAAGAUUGGUGACCGUUUACGUAAUAUAAAUAGUGAAUUAAAUAUACGUAUAUUGUUUAUGGGUUUGUUUUGA